CCUCCCGCGGGGGUGCCGCUCCUCCCCUCGCGUGUCAGAGGCAGGUGGCGGCGAAGGGCGCGGGAGGCGCGGGCAGCGCUGCCAGCGGGGCCGGCAGAGCUCACACAGACCUUUUCCAACAUGAGUUCCUCAACUGACUAUGGGUCUCACACCUGGGAGCUCUUGCUGACAGUUGACCAUCAACAUGAAGGCGUAGAAAAGGAAUUUUUACUACAGGUCACAGGGGACCUUCACAUUGGAGGACUGAUGCUGAAAUUAGUAGAAAAAAUGAAUAUAUCACAAGACUGGUCAGACUAUGCUUUUUGGUGGGAGCAAAAGAAGUGCUGGCUUCUGAAAACCCACUGGACACUGGACAAGUGCGGGGUGCAGGCAGAUGCCAAGCUGUUCUUCACCCCCCAGCACAAAAUGCUGCGGCUCCGCCUGCCAAACAUGAAGACGGUGAGGCUCAAAGUCAGCUUCUCUACCAUGGUGUUCAGAGCUGUCAGUGACAUCUGCAAAAUUCUCAAUAUCAGACGCUCAGAAGAACUCUCUCUGCUGAAGCAAUCAGGAGACACACUCAAAAAGAAAAAGAAAAAGGACAAGAACAGCAAAGAACCAGUCACAGAAGAUAUUUUAAACCUGUGCAACUCCCCAGCAAGUUCUGGAUUACCAGCAAAUCCAGGAUUGUAUAGUAAAACCAUGACACCCAUUUAUGAUCCUGUCAGUGGGUCACCAGCUUCUUCCACAAUCACCUGGUUCAGUGACAGCCCCUUGACUGAGCAGAACUGCAACGUCCUGGCCCUCAGUUAUCCCAACUGUUCCCCAGAAAUGCUGGCAGAGAUGUACCAGCCACGGAGCUUGGCUGACAAAGCCAAGCUUAAUGCAGGCUGGCUGGAUUCCUCUCGAUCCCUCAUGGAACAAGGCGUUCUGGAGGAGGAUCAGCUUCUUCUGCGCUUUAAAUAUUACACUUUCUUUGAUUUGAAUCCGAAAUAUGAUGCAGUGAGAAUCAACCAGCUCUACGAGCAGGCCCGCUGGGCCAUCCUGCUGGAGGAGAUCGACUGCACGGAGGAGGAAAUGCUGAUCUUCGCUGCCAUACAGUAUCAUGUCAGCAAGUUGUCAUUAUCGUCAGAGGCACAAGAUUCCACCUGUGAAUCGGAAGUAGAUGAAGUAGAAGCUGCACUUUCUAACCUGGAAGUGACACUGGAAGGUGGAAGCACAAGUAACAUUUUGGAGGACAUCACAGACAUCCCAAAACUUGCUGAUAAUCUCAGGCUAGUUAGGCCCAGGAAGCUCUCACUCAAAGCUAUCAAGUCAUACUGGUUUAUCUUCAGAGACACUUCAAUAUCUUAUUUUAAAAACAAGGAAUCUGCACAGGGAGAGCCCAUUGAGAAGCUAAACCUAAAAGGAUGUGAAGUUGUACCAGAUGUAAAUGUUGCAGCGAAGAAGUUUGGAAUCAAGUUGCUAAUUCCUGUUGCUGAUGGCAUGAAUGAAGUGUAUUUGAGAUGUGAUAACGAGGAUCAAUACGCUCGGUGGAUGGCUGCUUGUGUCCUGGCCUCCAAAGGCAGGACCAUGGCUGACAGCUCCUACCAGCCCGAGGUGCAGAAGAUCCUGUCAUUCCUGCAGAUGAAGAACAUGUCUGCCCAGGCCACCUCUGACCCCGAGAGCGUGGAUAUGAAGCCGGAAUGCUUCGUCUCGCUGCGUUACACCAAGAAAUACAAGUCCAAGCAGCUGACUGCUCGCAUUCUGGAAGCCCACCAGAACAUAUCCCAGAUGUCCCUGGUGGAGGCCAAGCUGCGUUUUAUCCAGGCAUGGCAGUCCCUGCCCGAGUUUGGCUUAUCCUACUACGUCGUAAGGUUUAAAGGAAGCAAAAAGGAUGAUGUGCUCGGGGUGUCCUACAACAGGCUGAUCCGGAUAGAUAUGGCCACGGGAGAUCCUAUCACAACAUGGAGGUUCUCCAACAUGAAGCAGUGGAAUGUGAACUGGGAAAUUCGCCAGGUUGCCAUCGAGUUUGACCAGAAUGUCUCCAUCGCUUUCACCUGUCUGAGUGCAGACUGCAAAAUCAUCCAUGAAUAUAUUGGGGGCUACAUCUUCUUGUCAACACGGUCCAAAGACCAGAAUGAAACGCUGGAUGAAGAGCUCUUCCAUAAAUUAACUGGAGGUCAGGAAUGAGAUGAAGUAAACUGUCUUCCCUCUGCCUGCUUCUCGUUAUAGCUAAGAGCAGAGAUUAUGGAAAAAUCUCUCUGAUUGUUAACUGCUGGCUACUAAUUAUUGUACAUGGCAAUUAAUCUUUGUAAUAUGACUGGGACUGUUUACAGUUUUUGUUAAAUAUUGAAGGUAAGGUCAGUGGAUGCCAUGUGGCAACUCCAUCAUCAGUACUUCAGAAAAUUAAAUCACCUUUGUUUUCCUUUUGUACAGCUUGAUAUUUUUAAAUAAACAGUGUCUGGCCACUGGCAUUUUUUUAAUCUAGUAUUUUUAAUUGCAGCAAUCUGUUUAAGCAUCCAGGACAUGUAACUUGAGGGUGUUGUACAGCAAAUUUUCUCCGUUACAGCCACGCAACUCCCACUGCUAAAGUGGCUGUUGUUAAAGAGCCCGGCUUUUA